UGUAGGGCAGUAAAUCCAAAAAGACAGCUGGCACAGUGCAGCAUCUCAGAAGAGAACAACACAAAUAAGUGUUGAGUGAGUCCUUUGGUCCUUUACAGUGGAAUGGGUUGUUCAGCGAGCAAAUCAGGGUCAGGGUUGAGCUUCUCAGAGACAUGGGUGGUGAUGGCGGGAACAGCUGUGAUUUGUGGGUUUGUGGGAUACAUAGUGUAUGAUGCAAUUAUGGCGACUGCAUCAGAGUUGGUGCAACGUUUGGUGGUGAUUUCUCCACUCUUGUUGAUCAUCAUUGUUCACUGCCUCUCCACAGGGACCCAGAUAAGCUUCCCCAUGCCGGGAUCUGAGCCCACCGCCAUCCACAGAGCUGGUGGUUCUCCCUGGGGUGUUGCCUUUCUUCUGCUGUUACUUUUCUUUCUCAUCUCCUUCCAACCUUCCCUUCAUCAACUUAUCUCUUAGCCUCUGUGCUUCUAAUUUUACUUCAAUGCUGUACUUUCGCUUCUGAAAGUUUCCAUCUUUCAUGAAAAUAAAUGUUAUGGCAUGUCUGGUGUUCGAA